CUAGACACAAUCAGUAAAAGCUUCUCUGCUCCUUUUUUUCCUUCAGAACAUGGCAUUGACGAGGAAUGUUUUCAUCUCUUGGACGAGGAUACUUUGAAGGAGUUAAUUCCAAGGAUUGGAACACGACUUCGAUUCAAACAGAAGCUGUCAUUGAACAGGAAUGCUGUAUCGGAUGCAUCUCCACCAACCGAUAUGACUGGCACCAGCGAUGACACAGAAAAUGAUAACAUACACGUCCCAAUAGAAUCUAGCUCAACUUUUCAUUCAGAAUCAGAUUGUAGUCCAGUCCAGCAUUCUACGCUUUUAAAUCUCUCACCAAGUUCAGUUCCCAGUGGCAGUAAAAUAUGUGCACAUCCAGUAUCAACUAAGUUUCAUGAUUUUAAGACUUUCCUAUGCAGCCAGAAUGGUGGUAGAUCUUUGUUAGCGGAUGUACAGAAGCUUGGGUUCGCCCCAACAGUGUUGAGGAAAAGACUUGUGAAAAUAGCAACUGGUUUUUUAUUUGAAAAAUGCGGAAAAUUUCCCAAAACAGAGGACACGGAGGAACUUGCCAUUGUGAUUAUCACAGUCAUACCGUGUCUGAGGAAUCCGAAGGGACAGGGCUUUGAAGAAUUUUACCAAAGGGCUCGAGGUGGUCGACCUGCAAAGGGCUUUAUCAAUGACCGUAUAUACAAUGUUCACAAAGAGGAGGCAAAACUGAAGAUGGUUAAGAAAAGGGUCCAAUUACCUGAAACAGUCCCUGCUGAAGAGGUGUUGUCUGUUGCAGAAUGCCAGAUUCUACCCGAAAAAGAGUAUAAGGAAAUGACAGCAUGGCUGAAACACAACAUUGAACCGGCAUCCAAAGUUUCGGACCUGAUGGCUAAAACCGCAACAAAUCGUCACCGUGAGAUCUGUGAGAACAAAGAGUUGAAAGCGAAGGAUAUUUUGGCAUCAUUUCCAAGGCUUUUGGAGAGAGGAAUGGUAUGUAUGACUAUGAGUCUAAUGAGACAUGUUGUUUCUUGCAGAGGUACUUGGUGACGUGUCCGGCCAGGACACUGAAGGACGGAGAAGGAAUAUGUG